UUCUUCACCUUUUUCUGCAUUUUCUUUUACAAGAGUGCCCUUUUUUUUUUUUUAUCUGUUUUCAUUAGCCUUAUAUCUAUUAAUUUGAGCUCUUUUACAGGUUAAAAAUCACAUUUUUUAGGUGUCAAAAUUGUACCUUGUUGGGUUCUGCAAAAUGUAAUGUUUGUGAAUUAUAGUUCAAAAAAGCUUUUUGAAUGAGUUCAAGAUGCAACAGAGCUGAUCUACUGUGCAGAAGCCUUCCAAAGAGCACAAAACUCUCAGAUCCAACAAUUUUGGAUUUGCAUUUGUUGUUUAUAAUCUGCAUCCAUUCAAGAGACAACAAAAUGGGCUGUGGUGCUGACUGCUGACUGCUGAACAAAUACACAGGCCUUUGGUGUUGAAAGCACUGCAAAAAGAAGCCUUGUUUCUCUCUACUUCUGACAUUUAAACAAAGCCCUAUCUGUAGCUGAACGUGAUAUAUCAAACCGCAAAAAAAAGCCUUUUUACACAUAAAUUUCCUUCUCUUUAUAUGUGUUGUACUUACUCUUAUAUGUCAUUAUAAAAGCCAAAGUAGUGUGUAAUCAUGAUCAAUGCAAAGGACAUCCAAAACCCACGUCUACAUACAUCCCCCCCAAGACCCCCCCUACCCCAGCUCAUAGUUUUAUCCAUCUCUCAACCCUAAUUCAAGUCCCAAAUCCAAAAAUACCCUUUUUGUAGUUUUCUCUGAACAGUACUAACUACUUCUCUCUCAAGAAAAUUUGGGUCAAGAAAUGAACUUUCAAAGGUGGGGGAUUUCUUGAUUUUCGGAAUUUGUUUGAGAAAGGUAUGAAAGUUGCAGUAUGGUGAGGGAAGAGUGUAAGUUUCCAAGAAUUAGCAAUAAGGAGGAUGAGCAAUACCAAUAUGAAGUAGAUGAUGCAGGUGAAGUCAAAAAGAGCGGCCUUAGUGGUAUUGGAAAACUUUAUGGUUGGCCUUCAUCAAGAAUUGUUAGAGUUUCUCGUGCAUCUGGAGGGAAAGAUAGGCAUAGCAAAGUAUUGACUUCAAAGGGGUUAAGAGAUAGACGUGUUCGCCUUUCUGUGAACACGUCUAUACAGUUCUAUGAUUUGCAAGACAGGCUUGGCUGUGAUCAGCCGAGCAAGGUUGUGGAGUGGCUGCUAAAGGAAGCUGCUCCUUCUAUCGCUGAGCUUCCGCCUCUGGAAGCAUUUCCAGAUACACUUCAGCUCAGCGAUGAGAAAAGGUCAAGUGUUGGAACUGAGGAUGUUGAAAUGGAUGAUGAUCCAAAUUAUAACCAGCUACAACAAAAUAUGGAUUGUAGCAAUUCUGAGACCAGCAAAGGUUCUGGAUUGUCACUUUCCAGAUCGGAUAGUCGGGUCAAGGCACGGGAGCGAGCAAGGGAAAGGGCCACAGAGAAAGAAAAGGAGAAAGAAAACAAGUCUUCUAUUGUUGCUCAUCACCAAAAUAUGCACCCUAACUCUUCUUUCACCGAGCUAUUGACCGGUGGUAUGAACAAUAACAACAACAACACCAACACAAGUCCUAAUGGCUCCAAUCACCAAAACACGCCGACGCAAUGGUCUACAAAUCCCUUGGAAUGCUUUACCUUAGGAUUAUUAGGCCCACCAUCUACUCGUGGCAUCGAUAACUCUACUGGCUUAUCGGGCCAAAUUUACUUGGGAAAUCCUCUACAGCCAUUAGUAGCAGCGUCUUCACCAAUGUUUAGCCUUACGGGGGACCAUCAACCCGAGCAGCACCACUUCUCCUUCAGUGGUGACAACGCCAUUGGGGGAAGUAAUUGUAAUGGUCAUCAAAGCAAUACUAGUAACAACGAGCACAAUUUGAACUUCAGUAUUUCUUCAUCAUCUCCAGCAUCCAGCUUUGCUGGUUUCAAUAGGGGGACCCUUCAGUCCAAUUCUUCCUCUUCGCCGUCUACUUUGUCUCAUCACUUCCAGAGGUUUGACGGGUUUCAAAGUUUAUUUCCAGGCAGCAUAACUGAAUAUGAUGCUCGUUUACAGCUCUUCUAUGGUAAUGGCUAUGGCCAAGGCAACAGGCAUUCAGAUCAGAAAGGAAAAGGAAAGAACUAACUUCAUUCAAAAGCAAGUUCCUUUUACUGCUCAUCUUCAGCCAUGAGACAAUUGAAGAUGGAAGCAUCUUGAGUCCCAAAGGAAGCGUGCAUGCUUUUCUCUGCUAAAGGCUUAUAUGUCAUGCUUCUUAGUUCCUUAUUUUGCAUUAUUCAUUUUGAGAAAUCCUUUGUUUGCUUCUGGCCCGACUUCAGUAGGCGCACAGGUUCGAAACUCAGCAAGGUUUUUUUUUUUUUUUUUUUUUUUUUUUUUUGUGUGUGUGUGUGUGUGUUUUUGUGGGACCUCAUUUGUAUUGAAGAAUUUAUUGUCAUUUUAAUUUUAUUAUUCUGCACUAAAUUGUGCAUACCGUUGCUCGAGGAGGACAUCAUGUUAAACAUAAGAAGCUGGAUUUGUUUCUGAUGAUGAAAAAAGUUUUUAUCUUAUGUGAAAUUUAUGACCCAAAAUAUCAGUAAUGUUAGAAGAGACCUAUGAAUAGACAGAUUCCUACGAUCAGUAUAUCUGCGAAAGCUCAAACGGAGAGAAUAAACGGAUGCCUCACAAAUCACAUGGAGUUGUUUUGUUGAUGAUCUUCAAGAGUGAUUAUUUCUAUUGAAAAAUGAGUAGCCCAUGAUAGAUGUCGAGUUUAUUCUGUUAUGCAGUUUUUAUUUGUGUUAAGUGAUAUAACUUGCAGUUUUUUUUUUUUGUCAAAAAGGACAUCUUUGUAUGGAUUUAACUUAUUCGUACUAAAGUUGUAAAUAAGUUUUUUGCA